UCCUUCUCUCCGAUUAAACUGAAAAGAAACGGACGGCAGAAGGAGGAAGACAGAGGAGGGAGAGAUGGCUUCCUGGAAUUCAGUUCCGCUGGAAAUUACCUACGAAGUCCUCGGAUGGCUCGCGUUCGUUUCUUGGUCUAUCAGUUUUUACCCUCAAGUCAUCUUGAAUUUCCGCCGGAAAAGCGUCGUUGGGCUGAACUUCGAUUUCGUGUUGUUGAAUUUGACCAAGCACUCCUCGUAUUUGAUAUACAACGUCGUUCUCUACUUCAGCCGCGCCGUUCAGAAACAGUACUUUGAGAAGUACGGUUAUGACCAGAUGAUUCCUGUAGCAGCAAACGACGUUGCGUUUUCAAUACAUGCUGUGCUGCUGACUGCCAUUACUCUGGUUCAAAUUGCAAUCUAUGAUCGUGGAAACCAGAAGAUAUCUAAGCUUGCCAUAGGAAUUGUCUCUGCUGUGUGGUUGGCUGCAGCAAUUUGCUUUUUUAUUGCUUUGCCUAAACAUUCUUGGCUUUGGCUAAUCUCUGUCUUCAACUCAAUACAAGUUUUCAUGACGAUGAUCAAAUAUAUUCCCCAGGCAUUGUUUAACUUUGCUCGGAAGAGCACAGAUGGAUUCAGCAUAGGAAAUAUUUUGCUCGAUUUUACUGGAGGCUUAGCAAAUUAUGCACAGAUGGCUGUGCAGUCUAUAGAUCAAAAUUCUUGGGUGAACUUCUAUGGAAACAUAGGGAAGACACUGCUGUCACUUGUAUCAGUAUCCUUUGACAUUCUUUUCAUGCUUCAACAUUAUGUGCUAUAUCCUGCUAAGAGCACAACACCAUCUACACUUAAUGGAGAGGAUAAAAAGGAUCCACUUAUCAAGUCUUCUGAUCAACCUGAGUCCGAGACCGUGUAAUGCUUAUGCAAGCGUGGGAUGCAUUGCAUCUGGGUCAAAUUUACAGAGAUACACGUAGAAAGCAGCUCAUCUAAUCUUUUUCUUUUCUUGGUGUAAUUGUCAUUCUCAAUAUCUGUAUAGAAAAACCAAUCUAGCAUUCAGAAACAUAGAAAUGAUUCUUCAAAUCUCCAUGGUUUGGUUUGCUUGAUUUGAAAUCUGGCUUUUUUUGAAAUAAUAAGAGUUUCGUUGA